AUGAAUGUUUCUAAAGUUCAGAAACCAGAAGCUAAUGAAAGUAACCGACCUCCUGUCAUCCUCGGAUCCGGGGUAGCCAAUGAGAUUUGCAAAAAAGUUGGCGCAUUUUUAGCAAGAGAGGCAGGCUUUACGAGCGUGACUCCUUCCGCAUACGAGACUUUAGGAAAUUUGACGGAAUUAUUCCUCAGCAAUUUAGUUCAAGCCUCGCAGAGUUAUGCUGAACUUGCUCGUCGAGCGCAACCAAAUCUUAAUGACAUAGAAAAAAGCCUGAAAGAUCGAAACCUCCGAACUGGUGUAUUAGAAGGUUUCAUGGAGAAAAUUCGAGGAAAAGAGAAUUAUCACGAUGUUGCUUCAAAGUUAUCAUCGUCUUUGAGGCCAACACCGUCUACAAUAAAACCAGAAUCACUAAUAUUUGUUCCGGAAGACAUAGUAGAAAGCGAGGGAGAGUUCGACGAAACAAAAAAUAAGCGCCAAAAAAAAUCAUUGAGUUAUACUGCCCGUCCAAGUUACGUCCCAUCGUACUUGCCACCUUUUCCAAGUAAACAUUCUUACAAAAAGACACCGGUGUAUCAAAAACGUCACGAUAGUGAUCCAAUACAACUUCGCGAACUGAGUUUGGUUCAGGUGAAAUUAGUAGAAAAAAGUCUACAAAAACUAACUCGUCAUAAUGAUGACCGAAUUUUGACUCAUUCGAACAUUCCGGAUUCUCCAUCGACUUCCGCGACAGUCGUGUCUGCUAACUCUUCACCUACAGCCAAUGAUUCAUCUAUGCCCCCGUCGAUUUUAAAUUUUAAUUCUACAAUUUUGCAUACAGGCGCUAAUCAGAAACUUAAACGUGAUGUGAAGAUCGACAAUUUGACACCAUCUGAAGAUUUAGUUCAGAGUGAAGAUAAAAAGAAGCGUAGGAAGAUUCAGGUGUCUUGGGCCGAAUUAUGUACGGGAAAAUGA